CUUUACAGAUGCCCGGUGGACAAGUGGAAGGAAUCGUGCCAUCUCAGCACCCGCUACUUUGUAACACCCUGCCCCAGUUUGUGGGCCUGGACUUCCCCCUGGACCAUCUGCUGGAGCAGAUAAGGCCGGACCUGAAAAUCAGGCAGCAGGUGGCUGAGCUGGAAUCCCGCCAGAAGACCUUGGAGAACAUUGUCUCAGUUCUGAGCCGGGAGCUGGCCAGAAAAGAAGUGUCCCCUGACGUCCGAAUUGGAGAAGCUCUGGCCAGGAUCCUCUGCCUGGAGGAGAAAGUAGAACAUCAAGAUUCACUCUUGGCUCUGAAAGAUGUGAUGAUCAGCAGCUUGGUGUCCCGGAUCCAGGCCCUGGAACACACCAGCUACGAUGGGUGUUUCCUCUGGAGGGUCCCCAGGGUGGGGCUUCGAAUGCAGGAAGCUCAAACCGGAAAACGGCCUGCCCUUUAUUCCCCCCCAUUUUAUACCGCCCGCUAUGGCUACAAGCUCUGCCUGAAGCUUUUCCUGAAUGGAGAUGGGGCUGGUGCUGGAACUCACCUUUCGCUCUUCCUGGUUGUGAUGAAGGGAGAAUACGAUUUCCAGCUGAAAUGGCCUUUCCAACAUAAGGUGACCUUCACUUUGUUGGAUCAAGUCAACAACUGUCACAUUUCCACCGUCUUCCGUUCCUUGGAGUCCUCGUGUUCAUUCCAGCGGCCCAUCAACGAAACCAACGUGGCCAGCGGCGUCCCUGAAUUCUACCCCUUGAACUCACUCCACGAACCAGGUGCUGGCUACCUUCAUAAUGACAUGUUAGCCAUUCAGGCUGUGAUUGACACAAAGGCUUAAACUAAUGUGCGACCUUCAUCUCAGAUGUGAAGACCAAACUACCAACCCCAAUGAUGGGAUGCUCCAGAAUGUCUGUCAAAAGAAAGAGGACACCGCUGCACUUAGGCGACAAUUGAGGAAACUCUGUGGAUCUUACUCAACCCCUUCUCUAUUACCCAUACAAUAGCCCAGAGAGGUUGAAGGACUCCCUAAAGUCUGUGUUCCUAAUGUAAAUUUGAAUCCAUUAAUUUAUUUUAAGAUCUGCAUACCACAACCAG